AUGUUCGCUGUAUGUUGUGUGCCAUAUCUUACUCGCAGACAAGUGCUCAUUUCCAACAAGGCUAAAGUGGUUGUAGCCGGAGAAGAAACAUUACUCUGUACUUUGGAACUAAAGAAUAAAGACACGAGUGCAAAUAUUGAUAAUAUUCGACUCGAGUACGAGCUGUAUGCCAGGAGCAGUCUAGUGGAGGAACCUAAUGUCGCCCAUUGCUGUGUAUCUCGAAUUUCGCGUGACAAGUGUAAUAUAUUCAUCAAUGUCUCCGAAAGUACUGUAGUUAAACUGACUAAAGUGAUAUUAGAUCUUGGUUGGAAGUACAGACUUGCUGAUAACGAGAUUAAGUUUAAGAUAAAGACAGCCAGCCCGAUGUUAAGUCCAAUAUCUUCAGCGAAUAGCUCCAAACCUGAUAUCAGUGCAUUGAGCAUGAGUGAUGAAUAUAGCCCUAGAUUACCAAAUAUUACCCGCUUGCAACUGAAUAAAUCCCCUAUGUCAAAAUGUUAUGUAUCACCUAGCCCUAGCCCUACAGAAUCUUCGUUCUCGUUCUCGGAUCAUGAAGGAAGAAGCCAGAGAACUACGUCGUAUUAUUUAUCAUACCCCCAAGCAUCUGCACAUCAUAGUUCAGUUGAAGCUGCUCUGCUGCCUGAUGGAAUUGGUUUGAUUGAAGCAGGAACUCCUGUGCAUUUCAAGGUUAAGGUGAAAGAUACUGAAGGGGAGGCAUUGCCGAAGAGAACUAAGUUGAAACUAAUUGUCAAAUUAGGAGACGAAACAAUAUUCGCGGGUGUUACACACAAAAAGGUCUUUAAAUUAACUAAAGUUGAAGCGAGAGAGUUCGCUGUAUUAUUUUAUAUAAAUGACGAACUCGUUCCAGGCAACCCUUUCUAUGUAAACGUGUUGCCUUUGCCCGCAUGUUCUAUUUCAAAUUUCGCGUUUGACGAGGAUCGUCCCCGAGUGAAACGGUACAAAACUCAGUCUGAUGCAAUGUAUGUAAAAUUGGGAAUGAUAUGUCAUGCAGAUAUUAUUGAUAAAUAUGGAAAUAAAGUACACGAGAAUUGCGAUGUUAAAAUUAUGACUAAACCAGUCAUUGAGGUUACUGCAGUUCACGUGAACGAAGGACAACUCCAGUUUAAGACAAAAGCGGUGGAAAUUGGUCAAGUGGAGUUUAGUUUCAUUUUGAAAGAAGAAGGUUCACAGACUGAAAUUAUGGCAAAGAAAGAGGUUUAUGUCAAGCAGCUAUCCAUGGAUGACCAAUUUGUCUUUAAGACAUAUAUAUAA